AUGGUCUCGGAGUACGAUGACUUCUUGGAUGAAUGUGAAAAGAUGACUAGUAUGUUUAGGGAGAGAGGUUACCCAUCUAGGUUGAUUGAUAAUAUCAAGAGGGAAGUUAUUUUCAAGCGGCAAACAUGGGUAAACAAACCUAUUUUGAAUAUGAAUAGAAAUGUUACUGAACAUGAAGUUAUUCGAAAAAUAGAAUCUCAGAUUCCAAAGUCAGUCUGUACAGAAACCUGUCUCCCAGGGUACAGAAAAGCAACCCUGCCAGGGCAACCAAUUUGCUGCUUUGAUUGUGUAGCAUGUUCAGAAGGGGAAAUUGCCAAUAACAGUGAUUCCGCAGAGUGCUUCAAAUGUCAAGAUGAAUUCUGGCCGAAUGAAAGACAUGACACCUGCUUUGUCAAAUCUUUGAAUUUCCUGUCCUAUGAAGAGACACUGGGCGUGGUUUUACUCUGUGCAGUUAUAUUUAGUGCACCAAUUCCUGCUGGCAUCCUUGUUCUCUUUCUGAAGAAUUAUAACACACCAAUAGUGAAAGCCAACAAUCGAGAACUGAGCUACCUUCUCCUGUCUUCACUUGUCAUUUGUUUUCUCUGUCCUCUGAUUUUUAUUGGUUACCCCAAGAAACUGAUGUGUGUAUUCCAACAAGCAGUGUUCAGUAUGAUUUUUACACUGUGUGUCUCCUGCAUUUUGGCCAAAACCAUAAUGGUUGUCAUUGCAUUCAGAGCUGCAAAACCAGGCAACAACCUAAAGAAAUGGGUUGGCACUAAGGUGCCAAAUACCCUGGUCAUCAUCUGUACAUUAGGUCAGAGUCUGAUCUGUAUCACAUGGCUGAGUGUAUCACCCCCAUUUCCAGAAAAAAACAUGAAAGCACAACAAGGGGUGAUAGUUAUACAGUGCAAUGAAGGAUCAAUUGUUGCAUUCUGGUGCAUGAUGGGAUACAUGGGUCUUCUGGCCAGUGUUAGCUUCAUAGUGGCAUUUCUAUCCAGAAAUUUACCAGGCAGCUUUAAUGAAGCAAAAUACAUCACUUUUAGUAUGCUUAUUUUUGUGAGUGUCUGGUUGUCAUUUAUACCUGCUUAUCUUAGCACUCAUGGUAAGUACAUGGUUGCAGUCGAAGUGUUUGCUAUUUUAUGUUCAAGUCUAGGUUUGCUAGUUUGCUUAUUUUUCCCAAAGUGUUACAUAAUGCUUAUAAGAAGCGAACAAAAUACCAGGGAAUAUGUGAUGAGAAAACAUGAUUUAAGUAACAUUUAA